UUGGCUUUUAGAUUGACGUUGGAGUUGAACGAUGGCGGUUAGCAAUGUUAUCAAAUACCUUCUCUUCACCUUCAACUUAUUGUUUUUUGUGGGUGGAAUCAUUAUUCUCAGUUUCUCUAUACACAUGAAGCACAACAAAGCCGACUACCAGAUGACUGAUGAACUUCUGCCGGCGCUAAACCUCCUGAUAUUUAUCGGUGCCGUGACUCUGAUUUUUGGCUUCCUGGGCUGCUGUGGAGCGUUCCGAGAGAACCGCUGCCUGCUGAUCCUGUUCUUCGUGGGCCUGGUUCUAAUGCUCUUCAUGCUAUUAGCCGUGGGAGCGUUGGGAGCCAUUACCAGAACUGAAGCUGCCCAGGAGCUGGUAAUGGAACACAUGGAGAAGCUGCUUCCGCUGAGCGAACAGCCCAAGGAAGUUCAGGAGGAGUUUCAGGAUUUGGAAAGGGCCGGGUUCUGUUGUGGUUUCUCUGAUGGAUAUCUUGAUUGGGGAAACGCAACAGUGGUGCCCGACUCUUGUAACUGCACAGACACCACCAGGAACUGCAUGGUUUUAGAUGAGCGUGAGAUAUACUCGACACCGUGUAUGAUGUACAUUAUGACGUGGUUGGACAAAGUAUCAGACUCACUCAUGGGGAUUGCGUUUGGAUUUGGCAUCUUGAUAAUUCUUGGCCUUAUUUUCUCAUUAGUCCUGCUCUGUCAGAUUAGGAAUGGGUAAUGAUUAUCACAAAGGUUCCCAGGUGUUGGUUGAAGGACAGAUCACCAUGUUAGUGUUAAUUUAAUCUUUACUGGGCUUUGCCCUAUUGUAUAUUUUGUAAAUGCAUUUUUACUGAUCUUGCUCAUUUAUAAUAGAAAUAUGUAUCUCAGUACCACCAUGCUGUAUGAAAAAAUGGUGUUGAAAAAGUCAAAAUCUAAAAAUAGAUGUCACAAGUCUUGGAAAAUAAACUUGUCAGUGCUCUGAAGGUGGACAAACUAAGUAACAGUGAUUGAGUGUUUGAAUUCCAUCAAACCUAUCUUUGACAUUUCUGUAUUGCAACCUAUGGUUACUUAUUAGGUUACAUAUACAUCGUAACCAAUAUAUCUGCAAUAAGUUUAAUCUCAAGAGAUAUAUUGUCCUGGACUCAAAAUGUUCCUGGUAUCUAUGGUCGUAUUCAUGUGUUAAAUAACCAAUUACAACAUUUACAAAAUAAAUAAAACAUCUAAUAAUGUCAAAGGAACACAUUAUAGUGACCUGCUUGCUGAAACCCAUUCUCAUUGAAAUAAUGC